AUGGAGGCGAGCGAGGAGGGAGUGCAGGUGGAGGGCGGCUACUCGUUCACCUACAUCACCGGCAUGGCCAACUCGUAUGACGAUUACAUGACGACAGAAGUCGGUGCCUUCAUUGCCAUCGUGCGGACCACCGCCACCACCCCCCAGACCGGCAACGUGUCUACUGCCCCAGCCUGCUACCCCAGCAAUGAGCCCGAGGCUCUGCGUGCAUACCAGGCUGGGUGCAGUGCUGUGGAGGACACGUGA